AUGCUUCUUCAGAUUCUCCUAUUUCCUUUGGCUUCUAUGCUACAGCAAACUCUAGGACAGAUAAACAAAGGCAUAGUUGCUGAUAUAUCUGAAAAUCAAGAAAAGGAAAUUAUUGAAAAACACAAUGAGAUCAGGAGACAUGUGCAGCCAACUGCCAGCAAUAUGAUGAAAAUGGAAUGGAGUACAAAAGCUAGUGAAAGUGCUAAAAAAUCAGUUGAAAAGUGCCGAGGAACAGUGAGUCCCAAAGACGAGCUAUUUGUGGAUGGAACCUUCUGCAUUCAGAUUGUUUUGCAAUCAAAGCAGGUUAGCUCUUGGUCAGAUACAAUCCAGGUGUGGAAUAAUACAGGAGUCAGUUUCAAGUAUGGCAUUGGAGCAACUGACCCCAAAAAUGAUAUUUCUGUCUAUACUCAGCUUGUUUGGCAUAAUUCAAAUCAGGUUGGAUGUGCAUUAGCUCUCUGCCCAAUGAAUAAAUUUAGCUACUUCUACCUGUGCAAUUACUGCCCUGCAGGGAAUAUAGUAUCGCAAUUGAAAAAGCCCUACAAAGAAGGCCCGCCAUGUGGAGAUUGCCCCAAGAGCUGUGAGAAUAAACUUUGCAGUAGCUCAUGCAGUUAUGUGGAUGUUUUGAACAAUUGUGAUAUGAUGCUACAACUGUUCCAAGGUUGCAAUUCCAAGAUGGUAAAAGAUUAUUGUCAAGCUACCUGCAACUGUGGAAGAUAA